UCUAGCCUGCCUUACCCAAAGAAGAAGAAGAAGAGUGAACGCAUGUCAGCUGUGGCCUCUCUAUUUUGCCCCUUCCAGUCUCCACGUCUCUGCGUGCCGUCGACAUGGCAGGAGGGCUGCGGAAGAAGUCUCCCGGACCCUCCUCCCCACUUUGGGGGAAACUUCAAACCUUGUGGCAGGACAAACAUUUAGUGCUGUUCAAAACGGAGUACACGUUAUUGGUUGUUUCCAUCCUGUGGUUCCUGGAGAUCGGGAUCAAUGUGUGGGUCAUACAAAAAGUAGCAUACACGGAGAUCGACUGGAAAGCCUACAUGGAUGAAGUAGAGGGAGUCAUCAAUGGUACCUAUGACUACACCAAGCUCAAAGGAGAGACAGGCCCCUUGGUGUAUCCGGCUGGCUUUGUCUACAUCUUCACUGCUCUCUACUACAUCACCGGCCAUGGGGUUAACAUCCGUCUGGGCCAGUACAUUUUUGCUGUGUUCUACCUUAUCACACUGCUGCUUGUAUUCAGGAUAUACCACCGCACUAAGAAGGUUCCUCCCUAUGUGUUCUUCUUUGUGUGCUGUGCGUCUUAUCGGAUUCACUCCAUCUUUGUGCUACGUCUCUUCAAUGACCCCGUGGCCAUGAUGCUGCUGUUUGCAGCCGUCAACCUCUUCAUGGAUGGACACUGGACUCUAGGCUGCGGAAUUUACAGUUUAGCAGUGUCUGUGAAAAUGAAUGUGCUUCUCUUUGCUCCGGGGCUACUUUUCCUCCUCCUGUCUGAGUUUGGUCUUGUCAGGACAAUCCCAAAACUUUCUCUGUGUGCAGUCAUUCAGCUUUUGCUGGGCCUGCCUUUCAUUCUGGAGAAUCCCGUCGGUUAUUUGAGCAGGGCAUUUGAUCUUGGCCGUCAGUUUAUGUUCAAGUGGACGGUGAACUGGCGCUUCCUGCCAGAAUGGCUCUUCUUGAAUCGGUACUUCCACCUACUCCUGCUGGCUGCCCACCUGCUCACCCUGCUGCUCUUCGCGCUCCGCCGUUGGAAGAGACCAGGAGAAAGCAUCUUUGAACUGCUCAAGGAGUCAAGCAAAAGGAAAAGCCCUGCUCAAAAAGCCACAGUUGAUCAGAUUGUGUUGACUCUGUUCACCUCUAACUUCAUUGGCAUGUGCUUCAGUCGUUCGUUGCACUACCAGUUCUACGUCUGGUACUUCCACACGCUACCGUACCUGCUCUGGAGUGGAGGAGUCAAGAAGCUGGCCCAUCUGCUCAGGGUCCUGAUCCUGGGUCUGAUCGAGCUCUCGUGGAACACCUACCCCUCUACCAACAGCAGCUCAGCUGCCCUCCAUGUCUGCCACCUCAUCAUCCUCCUCUGUCUGUGGCUGGCUCCACCUCUUUCGUCAGCACCAGCAGAAACACAAGAAGCUGAACCUGUGAAGGACAAAAGUCAGUGAGCUGCAGCCUGAUCGAACCGGUUGUUGUAUUUGGUGAAAUUGGCUGCAAAACAGCCUCCAUGCUCCUCCUUUCUUUGAUCCUAACAACACUGAUGAAGAGGGAGGUCACUGGGUAGACUGUUUCUUCAAGCAAAGCCAUUUGAUGCAUCUCAUCUCAGUGAAGGAAGCUGACCUGUUGGUGCCGUCAGCAGACGGAUGCCUAUGUGAUGAAAUGGCAUGAAGUCGUCACUUGCAGCUGAAGAGAUGAAAAAUUUAAAAAGAGGAUUCUCAGGUUUCAUUUUCAUAAAUAAUAGUUGGAGCAGAGUACAGUGCUUGGAGGACAUUGUGAAUGUUGUGCUGUUUGAAGAGAAUUUGUUACAUAGUUUAUUCCUAUCCUUUAUGAUUAAGUAGUUAAAUUGAAGAAUAAGAUUGAUAUGACACUGAACUUUUACUUUGCACCGAAAGCUUUGAAUCAGUUACAUUAAGGCAUUUCAGCCACCCCAGUAGUUGCAGUAUUCUAAAAUACAAGGCCAAAAAUCUUAGUAGUAUUAUAUUAUUAUUAUUUCCCACAUAUGUGUAAAACUAAGCUGCAGAAAAUCAUCCCUGCACUUUAAUGUGACAUUUUCAGAAAUGUACAUUAUACUGACUGAGACAGCAAAAGUGUGACAUUUUUAUAAUAAACAGAGAUGCCACUCAAUCUUGA